AUGUGGAAUUCUCAACUGCCAUAUGUCAAUCGUAGCACUUUACAGCAGCAGAAGCGACAACGAAAAAUAAAUGCAUUACUGCAAGUGUUAAACAAGGUGAAUUCUGAUGAAAAGGACGCUGGUGACAGUUCAAAUAUCGAUGAAGAAGAUGAACCAUCAAAAGGUUCUCCAAAUAAAAGUACAACUUUAGAAGAUGAUUUUUCACACGGCGACGACUUUGAUUUGAAUACGACUACGUAUAAGCCAGAUGAAAAUGAUGCUUUCUCGUAUGAUUCAACUGAUUUCACAAACGAUUCUAGUUCACCAUUAUACGAACAUUCAUAUAUUUCUGUAAAAUAUGCUGCAAUGUCAAUUUUGUCAAUAGCGACUGAAAUUGAACUUUUCAAAGUCGACGGUCGAUCGUAUUCUAAAGGUGAUUAA